UUGUUUUCCUAUAAAGAGACAGAAGUAAAAUUGAUGAGAAAGUCCAAUAUUAAUGAAUCUCCUCUAUAGUACUAGUCCUGCAUACACUUCAACAAUACUCUCAGAUAUAUAUAUAUAUUCUUUUCACAUGAUUUGAUUCCGUUUUUCCUCACAAAACUUCCACUCCGCGCACAACAGCACCCGAGCGGCCGUCUGCCACCUCUAACAUGGCGUCACAAGUCGGCCGUUUAGUCCGGCGGGCAGAGCAUGCGCACUCGGCAGGGCCGGGGCUGGAAUACAAGAUGGCGGCCCCGGCGGGGAGGGAGAGGCGGAGGCGGGAUAACAGUGAACGGACAGGAGUCAGUGACGGAGAUUGCCUCGGCCCCAGUUUGGUCACACAAAAUGGCCCGGGAUAACCAUGGAAGUCCUCAAGAGGAUGCCGCCUUGAUCAGCCUGUCCCCUAGUACAUCAAGCUCACCUCAGCCUCAGUCCGUCUUCUCUGACUUGCCAGAUGAGCUGCUGCAGGCUGGAUGGGAGAAGUGCUGGAGUAAGAGGGAGAAUCGACCAUAUUAUUUUAACCGUUUCACCAAUCAGUCCCUGUGGGAGAUGCCUGUGCUGGGCCAGCAUAACGUCAUUUCGGAUCCUCUUGGCCUUAAUGCAGCACCGGUGCCUGCAGAAGGAGGAAUGCCCUUGCCCACAACACCCAAGGAGACAAAACCAGCAAAGAGAAGAUUGUCUGAGGAGUUGCCAACUACUGAUGUCCCAAAAAAGCCGAAAAUUGAGUCUACUCCUACAACCACACCAGCUGCUGUGCCAUGUUCGCCAGCUGUCCCUGGGGUAUCUUUGGAAGAAAAGCAAUUUGCAAACCUGAUAAAAGCUACGGAUGUUUUUUGGGAUUUGGACAUACAGAGUAAUGUAGUGGUCAAGCCACCUUCAGCUUCACACCUUCUGCCACCUCCAUCAGAGUCGCUACCACCACAUCCUGAAGUGGAACUGCUCCGUUCACAACUUAUCCUUAAACUACGGCAACAUUAUCGGGAGCUUUGUCAGCAGAGAGAGGGCAUUGAACCACCGCGGGAGUCAUUUAACCGUUGGCUGUUGGAGAGGAAGGUCCUAGAUCGUGGACCAGACCCCCUUCUCCCAAGCGACUGUGAUCCAGCAGUGUCUCCAUCCAUGUUCAGAGAGAUUAUGAAUGAUGUUCCAAUAAGGUUAUCACGUAUCAAACAUCGAGAGGAAGCAAAACGAUUGCUAUUUAAAUAUGCAGAGGCCGCCAAGCGACUUAUUGAAUCCAGGAGAGCCUCCCCAGAUAUCAGGAAAGUGGUAAAAUGGAACGUGGAGGACACAUUUAGCUGGCUGAGAAGAGACCACUUGGCGACUAAGGAGGAUUACAUGGAUCGUUUGGAGCACCUACGUAGACAGUGUGGUCCUCAUAUGACGGCGGUGGCACGUGAUUCAGUAGAAGGCAUAUGUAGCAAGAUCUACCACUUCUCCCAAGAUUAUGUAAAGAGGAUCCGGGAGAAGCAUUUGGCCCUACUACGUGAUGCUAAUAUACCAGAGUCCGCUCCAGUUGCACCAUCUCCAGAUAAGAGAGUGUUCUGCCACCCGGUAAGGCUAACAACGCCAGCACUGCCUGUCCAGGGAGGAGUGGAUGCCCAACAAGAUGGCAGCUUGGUGUGUGUACGUUACAAAGGGGAGUCUGUAAGAAUCAACCAGAGCUACUUCAGCAAAUUGUUUCAGCUUUAUCGUCUCAGUUGCACUGAAGAUCCAGGAUCGGAAAAGUUCUUGCCUCGUGUGUGGUGUCUUUUGCGGAGAUAUCAGGUGAUGUUCGGAACAGCACAGUAUGAAGGCUCAGGACUGCAGGGGGCGCUCCCAGUCCAUGUGUUUCAAGCUUUGCACAGGAUUUUUGGUGUUACUUCUGAGUGCUUUGCUUCUCCCUUGAACUGUUAUUUCAAGCAAUACUGCUCUGCAUUCCCAGACACAGAUGGAUAUUUUGGCUCCAGGGGGCCAUGUCUCAGCUUUUUUCCAGUCAGUGGCUCAUUUGAGGCUAACCCGCCAUUCAGUGAGGAACUGAUGGAUGCCAUGGUCACACAUUUUGAGAAUCUUCUGGAGAGUUCAGAUCAGCCUCUGUCCUUCAUUGUGUUCAUCCCAGAGUGGAGAGAUCCACCAACACCAGCCCUCACACGUAUGGAGGAAAGUCGCUUCAAGCGCCACCAGUUGAUUCUCUCAGCCUAUCAGCAUGAAUAUAGAAGUGGCUCUCAACAUAUGUGUAAGAGAGAUGAACUGUAUUACAAGGCUGUGCACAAUACUGCCGUACUGUUUUUGCAAAACGAAGCCGGCUUCCAGAAGUGGACCCCUACCCCAGAGCGUGUUCAGGAGCUGUGUACAGCAUAUAAACACUCGGGAAGGUUUUCCAAUUCCUCCUCUGGGUCCUCUGAGAAAGAGUCUACAAGGGAGGAGGGCACUAGCAAGGACAGUGUGAAUAAUUAGAAGCCUAGAUGGAAAACUGACAUUCCCAUUUCUGUGGGCAAUAUAUGCCCUAGUCAUUAGGGCAGAGAGUAACUCUCCUUUCACUAGGACGUAAUUCUGGUCUCCCCUAGUCUUUGUACUGUAAAGCUGACUAUGAGAAUCCACCAGUUACAGUGGUCAUGGCGUUGGACUUUUUGUACCCCUGAUUGAUAUUAGGUAGAGGAUGAUACAUGCCUAUGAAUUCUUUAUCUGUAAGAUAUGUGGUCAUUAGUCCUCUGCCAUGUGGAAGUAUGGGGAGGCCACAUAGUUCUGUGUGAAGAGAGGAUAGAACUCCGAUGUGUGAAGUUGUGUGUGUGCUGCGCUGCUCGUGAGUAUGACUUUGCCUCCUAUCUAAGGGCAUGUAUGCAGCUUUCCCAUGUAUAUAGCUCUAUGUAUCUGCAAAGUGCAGUAUCUUUGGUGUUAGGGAUUUGCAUGUUUUACUCUCCACUUCCAUUUUGUGUGUAUGUGCUUUUUUUCCCCCGGUAUUGUGAUUGGUGCACGUUGGUUAUGUGCUAAAUAUUCCUUGUAAUUAAUUUAAUGUCUAACCAUUUUAUUACUUUUAUCGAACAGUAAAAGGUCUAUUUUUGAUUACA